UAAAUUGCUCCCUCUCAUUACACAAACAGAAUCUUAUUACACUUUGCGUAUACAAACAACCACAUGGCAGAUGUUUCGUCUCCGUCACAUUUACAACCCAACCACAAGCCAACCUCAUCCCUCAAACUGUUCGGCUUUACAUUAAUCAAACAGGACGACAUCCUAACAAAAAAUGAAGAAAAUAUUAUAGAAAUCAGGAAAUUCGAGUGCCAUUUUUGUCGACGAGCAUUCGCCAAUUCACAAGCUUUAGGAGGUCAUCAAAAUGCGCAUAAGCGCGAGAGGCAAAGAGCGAGACGCGCACAGUAUCACUGCGAUCGUCGGAUGCUCGCUGCUGCUCCGAUUGUAAGGUCUCAUGCUGCAGGAUUUAGUGUUACUAGCAAUGGCCGUGUCGUUGCGGCGAGAUUUAAGCCGGCGCAAGGUGGUUAUUAUUGCCAGUCGAGGCCAGUUAUGUUCCCUGCAAUUUCAGGUGCUGCUAGUUCUCGUAUUUUUGUUGCGCAGUCAUUGCGGUUUGAUGAUACUGCAAUGCCGUCAUCUAUUGAUGAAUUUUCUGGUAAUAAAUUGUUGGGAUUGGCGGACCAGAAUGUCGAAAUAGAUCUUUGUCUGAAACUUACUCCCUCUGGCUCUGGUUAGUUGCUUAGCUAGUUGAAGUUAAACUAGCCUUAUUCGUUAGCUAUCUGUAAUUUUGUGUGUAUAGCUUCUAAAUGUUGCUAAAUGUUUCGGCCUAGUGAUGUUAUUUUAGUCCUAAUUAUUGCCAGUUUUCCGCUCUAUCAAUAAUGCAAUAAUUGUUGAAUAGAAUGAUAUAGGUAUUCUUUUAAUA